CCCUUUUCCGGAGCAGGGUCUGUUCCGUAACUCUCUACGCUCCGGCCCUUGCACAUCCUCGGGAGCCGGGUGCCGGGCGGCUGGCAGUGCGUCGGCAACCGCUGCGUCCCUUCUCCUCCGACCAGUCUGCCACGCGGGCUUUCCGGCCGGUCGGGAUGCCAGGGCUGCACUCCUAUUUCAUCACCCAUCCUCCUUCCCUAACCCUCCUCUUCGUCCCUUUUCCCCCAAACACACACAGGCACACAAGCUGCUCGGUCGCGCAUAGUGCUCCGGGCUUGGCUGCGGGAGCAGGACCUACACAAGCCCAGCAAGCUACGGACACGCCGCCCGGACUCUUCAGCCCGCGGGCCCCAGUGUCCCCACCGCCGCAGCCGCCGCUUCUGCGUCGCUCCUUCCCGCCUAGACACCGCCGCCAACAGCCCCCUCGGCUGCAGCCUCGGCAGGGCUGGAGGAAGUUGACGCUUUGGGAGGGGGCGGCGGGGAGCAGGACGCUGGCAGCUGCAGCCCGGAGCCCACGAGCCCUCGGCAGGUUUGCCUGUCCUUCCCCGCGAUCUGAUUGGAUAAAGUGGGGGCUCGACGGUGGCCGACGUGGGACAGUUUGGCUGUGGCAGGGGUCUCGGAAACCAUGGGUUAUUGCAGUGGCAGGUGCACGCUUAUCUUUAUCUGUGGCAUGCAACUGGCGCUGUUGGCAAGGCUGGGAACCCAAAGGAAAGAAAGGCAAGAACCCCAUCCUCAAGGACGUCACAGUCUACUGGGGGAGACGAGUUAAAGAGAAUGGCCCGAGAGAGGUUUGUGUGCUGGAGAGGCAAAUAUUUGACUUCCUUGGAUAUCAGUGGGCACCUAUCCUGGCAAAUUUUGUACAUAUUAUUAUCGUCAUUCUUGGUUUAUUUGGAACUAUUCAAUAUAGACCUCGUUACAUAACAGGAUAUGCUGUCUGGCUAGUCCUCUGGGUUACGUGGAAUGUGUUUGUUAUCUGCUUCUAUUUGGAGGCUGGGGACCUCUCAAAGGAAACAGACCUUAUCCUGACUUUUAAUAUUUCAAUGCACCGAUCUUGGUGGAUGGAGAAUGGACCAGGAUGUACGGUGACAUCAGUGACACCUGCCCCAGACUGGGCCCCAGAAGACCAUCGCUACAUCACGGUCUCGGGGUGUUUUCUGGAGUACCAGUACAUAGAAGUGGCUCAUAGUUCCCUCCAGAUUGUCCUCGCACUGGCAGGGUUCAUCUACGCCUGUUAUGUUGUGAAAUGUAUAACUGAAGAAGAGGACAGCUUUGAUUUCAUAGGUGGCUUUGACUCUUAUGGCUAUCAGGGGCCUCAGAAGACAUCUCAUUUACAGCUACAGCCUAUGUACAUGCAAAUUCCCUUGGAUAACAACUGAUAACAAAUUCUAUAUAUCAGCAUCAAGUGAUAUGCUGAAUUGCAAGCGAAGAUCAAAAUAGAAAGUCGAAAUAAUACAAAUGGCUUCAGUAUAUCAGCUCCUGGACCGUUCAAAGAACUUGUUUCGCAGUGGCCUCCUGCAUUUUUUGAAGAGCAAGAAGCAACUAAGUUUAAAUAUAUAUACAUACUAACAAAACAUAAAGCCUCCAUGUACACUGGGACCACACACACACACACACACACACGGGCACACAUGGGCACACAACCAAUUCUACUUGGCCUCCUCUUUCUAACUGAAACAGACAGAUAUGCAGGAUACACCCAUCGUGGAUUUCCUGAAAGCAGGCUGCUUUCUCCCAGGCCUUUGGAAAGUUCAUAAGGAGACGUGCUGGUGCCCUCUGCUGGCCGUCACUAACUGCUCUGCAGCCCAGCCAGUCAGCCUCUGCCAGCUGCGAAGUCAUCCAGGGCACAUUAGCUAGAGAGCCCUGUCUUCUGCACUCCGUAUGUCUUGAUAGCACCACAGCUAUGUAGGCAAUGUAAUUGCAAAAAACAAACAAACGAAACACGGCAUGAUGACCCUGUAACUGAAGUCUGAAAUGGCAGGUUGUUUGCCCUAAAGGCUGUACCGUACAUACUUGCCUUAACCCACCUAAGUUGUGCGCCUGAGAAUCUCAGUGCAGACACCCCCAAGUCACUUCCUUUAGGCUAACACACUGCUAUUAAUUCCGAAUGAGUUCAAGUCUGUGUGUGUCAUGUCAAGAAACAAGACUGCAUAGCUCAGCAACUGCAGUGUGUCUGUGUACAAAAACUGCCAGCUGUCAGCAAAGUGCUUUUACCAUUGAGCCUCCAUGGUGGCCAGAAAAAGACAAGUAAUAAUAACAAAGUAAUAAUCGUCAUCUUUAUAAUUCCUCAAUAAGGUCUUCUGAGGGGGUUGGGUGGGACAAAGAGAAACGUAUCAAUCUACUAAACUCAUUAAUCUACUGGAAGCAGAGAACAGAAAUGGCUUAACUCACUGAUUUUAUUUAUUGCACUCUAGGUGCUUUUAUAAGUAUCUACCAAUGUCUUUUACUAACACAGAAACAGCUGUGGAUUUCUAUCAACAGAGGCCAACUGAAUAUGUAUUAGCUAUGUUUACUCUUUUAUAUCUAAUUCAAAUGGAAGCCCCUACGUAGGUGAACUUUUUUUCCUAACUUCAGCGUACGAGAUUAUUUUUUGGGUGGGUGGGGGGAGCAAUAGUUACCUUGGUGAAAUAUUUGAGAUCUCUUUGUGGUAUUUGGGGGAUCUGUUGUGUGUUAGGGUGUAUUUUAAUCCUCCUGUAUUAUUGUGGCAGAAAAACUGUGCUGUUGACGUAGUUGGCAACAAGAUGCCUUUGGAAACUUAAUAGUAGGUCAAUGUGUUUAAGGAAUAUUCUGAAUUCCUAGGAAAUUUUGUUCUAUAUAUUCAAACAUUAUUUGGUUUUCAUUAGUGAAAAACAUAAUUAGCUCAGGCUUGUCAGGAACUCAGAUGAGUCAUUUUUUUUGGAUCCACCUGAGACACUAAAAUCAACUUUUUUCUUUUUAGAACUAAUAUGCCACCCUUAAAUGCAGUGAAAUUCAGACUUGAAAAAUUAUAAAUUGGCAUGGAGCAACUUUUUCUCCUUGUUUCUAAGAAGUUUCAGUUAUUGGGUUAACCUACUUUGAACGUUAGCCCAUCCAAAUCUACAUAAACCAGUCCCAUUACUGUGUCUGCAUGGAUGUCUGUGAUCUACACAUAUACGCAUUUGAAAACAAAGGAACAACGGUUACAAUUAGAAUAUAAACUACAGAAAAAAGUUCAAGCACUUGUGCUUGAAUUUUCUCAGUGGUUUGUAUAUGUUUGUCCAUAUAUACAUGCAUAAAAUUAUACAAUCACAAACAUGUCAGUGAAACCUCAUACAAUGAUUUUAUAGUGACAUGCAUGUUUAAUGUAUGAGAAAAACACUUACCAAUGUAUCAUCCUUUGAUUCUUAAAAUAUAAAUACUAUACAUGCCAGAAAUUAUUCUAAUGUGAGUAUUAAUGUGACUAUUAAAAAUGAGGUUUCACUGUACAUUCAUGCUGUGAUGAGAUUCUACCUUAUAAGACAUGUAUAUGGAUAGAAAUUUAAAUGCACAGAGACUAAACCCUCAUAUUCCUGCUUUAAGUUGCAGCCAAGUUACCAUCUAAUCACUACUAUCAUCACCACCAAAAUUUUUAAAAACAGUUGUUGACUACUAAAAAGGAAUCAGUGGACAGGGAGCACAGUAGUGUGAUUCUAUCUGGAAAAACAUCUAAGUUGUACAGCUGUAUCCUCCUCAAAAUCCGGUGAAGAAUGCUAUUUUUCUAGGCUGAGCUUUUGUUAUAAACCUAAUAUUCAGAAGGCAAGAGUUACAAUCCUGUGUCUUUUUUUUUUUUUUGGCAUUUGUUAAUUCUGAAUGUAUUUUUAACAGAGUGAUUUUUUUGACUUACUAGUGUAAUUUGCAUUUUAAAAAUAAAUGGAAAAACA